GGGAGGAAAAAGUGCCUUGGAACCGCGCACUUUCAUUUUUAUCUUCUUGCCAACCUUGCAAGAUGUCCAUCUUUCCCGUCGGGGCGCUCAUCACACCGGCCGAAUUCCAGCAUGGCCCUCAUAAGAACCUGAGUACCAAACCGGAUAACGGCCCACGAUUACCCUUAUUCACUUCCUCAAAUCCUCGCAAGAUGUCGUCCUACCGCCUCACAAAGCGUGGAAUACGCAUUCUCGCCCUCGUCAUCCUAGCAUUCAUCGCUUCCGUCGCCCUGGUGUUUCAGCAAGAUUUGCUUGGUCAACGUCUCCCUCCUCUUUACAAGCAAUUUCGCAAACAGGAACAGCACCUGACGCACUACAAUGAGUACGAGAAAAAGCCAAUCAAGUACCUUUGGGCUGCGAACCAUGCACAUAGUUCGGGGUGGGGCAAUGUGAUGCAGGACAUCAUCAUGGUAGCGCUUCUGGCCCACGAGACUAAGCGCUCAUAUGUAUUCGACGACUAUAUCUGGAGAAAGGAUGGUACAAUUUACUCGGAUUUUAAUGGAAAACUUAUACCCUCUCGCAUACCCUUGUCGGCGCUCGUGGGUGGACCUCUCGUCGGUGGUGAAUUCCCUGAUGGCGACGACGCUCCUCGGGCUGUUUCGAAAGACUACUUUAACAAAGUCUGCCCAAACCCUACAAUCAUCGAUACAUCGAUAAUUAACACCGAACAUGUCAGAUUCGAUGACGAUGUUUCUGCCCUUCAAGUUUUCAAUCUGUGGCUUGAUAAGAUAAACUCCAUGGACGACGACUGUAUUGAGCUGGACGUGCACAGCAAUACGAUAUUCGAGUUCUGGAUAUUUGGUAACAGAAAACGAGUGCUAUCGGUCUUUCCCCUACUUGUUCACAACCCAGUGGUCACAAACUGGGGAUGGUCACCCCUUGUUUACGCAGCCUAUGAGUCGAAUAGGCACCUUUUCCAGCCUUCGUCAUCCCUUCCAGCCGUGUUCAGAUCCCCAGAGGAGGACUACAACCAACCCAUCCCUGGCCUUCUCGCCCUUCAUGUGCGUCGAGGAGAUUUCGAGAACCACUGUCAACACCUCGCCAACUGGUCUGCCGAUUGGAAUGCAUGGAAUACAUUACCAGAGUUGCCUGACACGUUCGUGCGGCCGACGGACGGAGGGUGGGGCGAGACGUCCGAGGCGAACAUGAACAUGUACAUCCAGCGCUGUUAUCCGUCCAUUGAACAGAUUGUGGAGAAAGUAAAGGCUGUGGUAGCGGCGUCUGUGGAUCCUCUCAGAUAUGUGUACAUCAUGACGAAUGGUGCUGUUCCAUGGGUGGAGGAGCUCAAAACGUCGAUAAAAAGUUCAGGGAACUGGGAUCAUGUGGGAAGCAGCAGGGAUCUUCAGCUAACUUGGGAGGAAAAAUAUGUCGCUCAUGGGUUGGAUAUGUUUGUGGCAUCAAGGGCACAGAUUUUGAUCGGUAACGGGUGGUCAAGUCUGACAUCAAACGUCGUCUUGCUUCGUUUGGCUCAUAACAUGUCUCUCGAGAGCAAUCGAUUCUGGUAACGACAAGUCACGAAUGCACGAUCAAGAUCUUUCGCUGAACGCUUUCUGUCUUUUGUUGUCGUCAUCGGGGUCAAGUACAAUACCAUAUUUAUAGGCUAUAUUCUCGCAUUUUCCACUUGCUAAUGUUGUUUUUGCAUUGACGCUAUUGUGAUAUCGAGGGUAUGCAGAUGGGAUCGAAUGUUUUUCCACGGUGGCUAUGGAUUUUUUUCCAGUGCUUUCUUCAGGGGGCAUUUUCCAUGGGUAGUGCUGAUUUAGAGGAUGAAGUUCAUAUAAUAUUAAUAUAUACCACUACUUUAUCUGUAGUACUGCAGUCUUUACCGGAAUUUUGGGAGCCACAUGUACCGUAGGAUAGCGAAUGUUCGAAAUGCAGUGUCCAAGUUCUGCCCUGUGUCU